AUCUUGUUGUUCAAUCCAUCUACCUCUUCCGUAUUCUCAUUAUCUAUACCAUGUCACUUCAUCUCGACUAUGCGGAAAUCUCAAGACAAGCUAGGCGUAUUGUUGAUGCCAACAGGGCCAAAACAAUCAUGGAACAAGCUCCCCAGUCGAAGUCCUCAUCCAAAAGAGUUAAAUACACCCGUUCCACUGCUGGCUGCCUGGCGUGUCGAUCUCGGAAAGUCAAGUGCGACGAGACUUUACCCGCGUGCCUUCGAUGUGUAGCUGCGCAAAGGGAAUGCGAGUAUCCUCCUCCAGGAGAGGCUGGACGGAAACGAAAGAAUGGAAGAGGAAGAAGUGGGGAUAGUUCCCAUGCUAGUGAAAGCGGGGCUGGAGGUGAGAAGAGAGCAAGGCUGAGCGAGAGUGUUGGUGGUAGAGAUGACGAUGGACAAGCAACAAGCCGAGGUCAGAGACAUGAUGUACAAGGUCACGAAUGGAUGGAAAUUGGAGGAGGAACAAUGGUGAGGGGGGCUGGAAAUGAAGGAUGGGCGAUGGAAAGAACGACAGUACAAAAGGGGCAAACGGAUCCCUCGCCUCUGAACGGGACGUCACUGUCACCUAGCGAUUUCCUGGGAGAUGGAACCAGCAGGAUGGGGAUAUCGCCUGGAGAUCCACUGAAUUUUUCCACCACUGACUUUAGCUUCCUAAACGAGUUCAUCCCCUUUGUCAGUCCGCCUUCGCUUUCCAAUGCCCAGGCUUCGACAUCUCCAAAUAACCCCACUUCUAUCUCCAAUUCGACGAGCAAUAAUACCGUCUUGCCUCUCAACGCCGUUGCUUCAGCCUCGGCCUCUUCCUCAAAGCACGCACCCUUACCUCAGUUCGGAAACUUUUCCAAAUCUUUACUGCUUAAUCGACGAAAGAUUAAAGUAGGCGGGUCAGAGCUCUUAGGGCAAAGCGACGGGACAAGAACGCCAUCUGUCCCUCCUUACGCGAUUCAUCCGAGAUUACAAAUGGUGGACAGCUUCUUACAAGCAUUCGCACAUGAUGAAGCAUUGUUUGAGUUUGGCCCUUCACAUCGCCAUCGUAACUUGUCCAACAACACCCUCACUGCAGGAAGCAUCGACGUCCUUUCCAAUGCUUUCCCUUCCCCCACUGCACGGACCCUCUUCCAUCAUUACUUCAACACUGCCUCGCGUAUCCUCAUCACAAUGGGCAACAUCGGCCCGAACCCUUUGCUCGCGGUAUGUACACCUUUAAAACUACUUGAUACCAACUCGGCAGCGUCAGCUGCGAUCCGAAUGAGCAUGCUUAGUGUCGGAGUGGCCCAUUUCACGCACGAGACCAAAGAUGCGGUCGGGAAGAAUGAAUUGGGUCGGAACUGGGAAACCCAAAGAAAGAAAUUGAAAGAGAUGGGAAGCAAGUUUAAGAAGGCGGCGCUGUCGAACAUAACUCUAGCUGCACGGGCACAGAACGGGCCAGAUCAGAUCGACAGCAUCCUGGCAGCUUGCACCCUAUUGUGCAUCAGAGAUGUGAUCAGCGCUGAUCCGACAUGGCGGGAUAAUCUCGAGUUUGCUCUGUAUCUCAUUGGAAAGCAAGGUGGACCCCAAGCGAUGCUUCAAGGUACUGGAUACUCGUUCACGAGGAGGUAUCUAUUGGAGAACCUAGCCACGCACGACGUCUUUGCAUCAUUUAUCACCGGCAAAGAGCCAGCAGUACUAGGGAACUAUGAUACAUGGUGGUUUGACAGCGUGGAAACAUCGCAGACAAGAUGGGAAUGGGAGUCGGUAGAGAGGAGUUUUGGGAUCUCGAGAGCUAUGGUUGACCUUGUCGCUAGGAUUGCCGUCCUCGACUCCCAAAAACGUCGGCUCGGUGUUACCCUGCAAGGCGGCAUUGAAGAGAUGUGGGAUGUUGCUCAGCAUUUUGAGCGGGAGUCUCAUUGCUUGCUACUAGAGCUAGACAUCUGGGGAAACAGUUUAAAUGCUUUGCCUCAGCAUGUCAGGGUGACGUGCGGCGAUUAUAUCUACAAGUACAUGGCGGUCGUUUUUAUUCUUGCGGACAUCCUUGAACAACCGAUAUCAACCCCUCGAAUCGUUAAAUGCAUCGAUCACAUCCUCGAGCUCCUAUCGGAAGCUUCCGCCAUGCGCAUGUCGGUCAUGUUAAUCUGGCCCCUUCUCAUUGCGGGUGUUUUUGCACUCCCCGAGAAGAGGGAUAAAGUUAGAGGAUUGUUUGAUGCUUUCCAAGGCGAUUACUGUGAGGACUUGGAGGUUGCUCGCGAGUUGAUGGACGAACAAUGGAGGGGAAUAGAUAACGGAGAGGGGAAACAGCCUUGGGACAAAGUAAUGAACAAGUUGGGGAAAUAUGUCUUGUUGAUCUGAUAUUGCUUACUAUUGUACUUCUUUGUACUCUUGGCCUUGCGUCACUGUUGGAUGCCUUGUUUUGGUUUUUGGGAUAAAAGCGACUAUAUUACAGUAUGACUGGUCCGUAGUACUCAUAGCUAUUAGGGAUACCUGUGACCAUUUCGCCAGUGAUCAUGGACUCAUGAUCAGCACACAAUUUGGAUACCUUCCCACACGACAAGAACACUAUCUGUUAUACCUACAGCAAAACCAAGAGGAAGAUUCUUAGUAUAUUCACGUUUUGAGAACGAAGGUCUAGCUAGAUAAAUGGGAAAAAUCCAGAUAGUUACGCCGCAUACAACAAGAUCGCGGCAAGGCACACGAUGUGGCAGCAGCCUGGAUUUUAACGUCAUGAUUGAGUGACUAUGUGUUAGCGUAAGAGUGGAUGUUCGGAGAUUGUGGAGAGCGAUGAUCAUUAGUCUUGAACAU